CGCUCCCGCUCCCCUGAGCCCAGCCAGACCCCGCGCCGCCCGCGCCCCGCUCGACUCCGGAGGCUUCCGCAGCCCCGGCGUCCGCCCCGCUGCCCCCUCCCCCGGGGGCCAUGGGGGCGCCCCCGGGCUACCGGCCCUCGGCUUGGGUGCAUCUCCUCCACCAGCUGCCCCGCGCCGACUUCCAGCUCCGCCCGGUGCCCAGCGGUUUCGCGCCCCAAGAGCAGGAAUACCAGCAGGCCCUGUUGCUGGUGGCGGCCUUGGCAGGCCUGGGCUUGGGCCUGAGCCUCAUUUUCAUCGCUGUCUACCUCAUCCGCUUCUGCUGCUGCCGGCCCCCCGAGCCCCCCGGGUCCAAGAGCCCGACCCCGGGGGGAGGCUGCGUCACCUGGAGCUGCAUUGUAGCCCUUCUCGUCGGCUGCACUGGCAUUGGCAUCGGUUUCUAUGGCAACAGUGAGACCAGUGACGGGGUGUCCCAGCUGAGCUCCGCACUGCUGCAUGCCAACCACACACUCAGCACCAUUGACCACCUGGUGUUGGAGACAGUGGAGAGGCUGGGUGAGGCAGUGAGGACAGAGCUGACCACCCUGGAGGAGGUGCUGGAGCCGCGCACAGAGCUGGUGGCUGCUGCCCGGGGGGCUCAGCUGCAGGCGGAGGUUGUGGCCCAGCAGCUGCAGGGGCUGGCCUUCUGGCAGGGAGUGCCCCUGAGCCCCCUGCAGGUGGCUGAAGAUGUGUCCUUCAUGGAGGAGUACAGGCCAACAUCGAAGAGUGUCCACGGGCCCGGCACGCUCUUAAGCACUCUAUCCACACAUCCCACUCGCGGCAGCACUCUCAAGCCAGUGCUGUUGUGCUCCGCAUGUUACAGGUGGCUGGCCUAUGUCCUCCUGCUGCUCCUGGAGCUGCUGGUCUGCCUCUUCACCCUCCUGGGCCUGGCGAAGCAGAGCAAGUGGCUGGUGAUUGUGAUGACAGUCAUGAGUCUCCUGGUUCUUGUCCUGAGCUGGGGCUCCAUGGGCCUGGAAGCCGCCACGGCCGUGGGCCUCAGUGACUUCUGCUCCAAUCCAGAUCCUUAUAUUCUGAACCUGACCCAGGAGGAGACAGGGCUCAGCUCAGACAUCCUGAGCUAUUAUUUCCUCUGCAACCAGGCCGUCUCCAACCCCUUCCAACAGAGGCUGUCUCUGUCCCAGCGAGCUCUGGCCAGCAUCCACUCCCAGCUGCUGGGCAUGGAGCGAGGAGCUGUGCGUCAGUUCCCUUCAGCGCAGAAGCCUCUUUUGUCUUUGGAGGAGACUCUGAAUGUGACAGAAGGAAACUUCCACCAGUUGGUGGCACUGCUGCACUGCCGCGGCCUGCACAAGGACUAUGGCGCAGCCCUGCGGGGCCUGUGUGAGGAUGCCCUGGAAGGCCUGCUGUUCCUGCUGCUCUUCUCCCUGCUGUCCGCGGGAGCGCUGGCCACUGCCCUCUGCAGCCUGCCCCAAGCCUGGGCCCUCUUCCCACCCAGUGACGACUACGAUGACACAGAUGAUGAUGACCCUUUCAACCCUCAGCAGGAAUCCAAGCGUUUUGUGCAGUGGCAGUCGUCUAUCUGAGCCCCUCCUCCCUGCUGGACUGGAGCCUGCCUCCCCUCUUCGUUCCUUCCCUGGCUGCCGGAGGAGACCCCACUAACUCAGCCUGCCUGGGCUCUGACCACUAACACUCUUGGCCACGGACAGCCCACACAGGACCGCCUCCCUGCCCCGGCCCCUGUGCCCCAAUCUCUGUCCUUGGCCUUGGGAGUAGCUGAGGGGGCAGACUAGGGAGUGUAGGGCUGGCAGGAGAGGGGGCAGAGAGUCUCAAACCCUUUACCUCGGCUGCCAGUCCCAUCCUUGGAGGGACUGAGCUGAGGGGAGGGGGACAUGAGUCCCCCUGCUGCCCCUGCCACGUCCCAGUGGGCUCUGACCUCCUGAUCUCAACUCGUGGCACUAACUUGGAAAAGGGUUGAUUUAAAAUAAAAGGGAAGACUAUUUUACAA